AUUCAAAAGUGCCUAAUGUACGCAGUCUUUUUCAAAUUAAAAUUAAUAUUAAUAAAGUAAAAUUUCGAAAUUUUGUUCAACCUAACGUUUCUUAACAUAUCGGACAAAUCGGAUAAGAAAAAAAUAAAAUACAUCUUUUUUCAUCUGUUUUUCUCUUCUGCUCUCUUUUUCGGUAAAGUGUGUGAAAAUUUAAUAAGAAAAACGCAAGCAAUAUUUCUCAUUGAUUUAACCGGUUGUUGAAGUCGUUGAGUUUACAAAAAAGAGAUCCAAAGACAAAACCCGUACAAUAUGGAAAAUGAACAACAUUCAUCCAUUAAAGAAUUUUAUGGUAAUAAAAAUGUUUUCAUUACCGGUGCAACGGGUUUUGUGGGUGUAGCGUUAAUAGAAAAAUUGCUACGUGAUAUACCGCAGAUCGCCACUGUUUAUAUAUUAAUACGCGCGAAAAAAGGCAAAUCUGUGCAGGAACGUUUAGAAGAAUUGAAACAGAAUUCCGUAUUUAGGCGACUCAAAGAGGAACAAUUUGAAAAACGCUUCGAGAAAAUUGUUCCAAUCGAGGGAGAUGUCGGCCUUGAAAAUUUGGGUAUAAAUGAGCAGGAUCGUCAACUUUUGAUUGAUAAUGUUCAUGUGGUGUUUCAUUCGGCUGCCACUCUUGAUUUUAUGCAAAGCUUAAAAGAAACAACAAACAUUAAUCUGCUAGGAACUCGCCGUGUUGUGGAACUGUGUAAGCAAUUAAACAAGUUACAAGCAUUAGUGCACAUAUCCAGUGCCUACGCUAACUCUUAUAUAACUGAGGUGGAGGAAAAAUUAUAUCCAGCACCAGAUGAUCCGGAGAAAAUCAUAGAUUUGACGGAAACAUUAAAUGAAGAAGCUCUAAGUAAAUUAGAAGCAGACAUUUUGAAGGACCAUCCUAAUACAUAUACAUUUACUAAGCAUUUAGCAGAACAUGAAGUAGCAAAAGUGGCUGCGAAAUUCCCUUGCGGUAUCGUUCGGCCUAGUAUGAUUACGGCGGCUUGGCGCGAGCCCAAACCUGGUUGGACUAUUUCGAAAAAUGGACCACAAGGUUUUUUCAUGGGCGCUUCUAAAGGCGUUUUAAGACGCUUACCUUUGGAUCCAUCCAUUAUCAUGGAUUACAUUCCAGUGGAUGUCGUAGUUAACGCUAUAAUAACUACCGGCUAUUAUGUCAAUGUUUUAAAGAAGCAAAAUGGCGACAAACCAGGUGAACUACAAAUAUUUCAUUUGACUUCAAGCACAUAUAAGCCAUUCCGUUUCGAGAUGUUAAUUAAUAAGAUGAAUGAUUAUUUACACGACUACCCGUUGGUUUCAGCUGUUUGGUAUCCAAAACUGAAGUUAGUUAAAAGUUUAACUCUAUUCCGAUUGGGCGCCAUACUCUAUCAUUUUUUGCCCGGCUUCUUCUUAGAUUUACUAACUCGUGUAAUGGGCGGCAGACCUAUUUUAAUACGUUUACAUAAGAGCGUCUGGAAUUCUUUGAAUACUUUAGAGAAAUUUAUCUUCACCGAAUGGCAUUACAGCAACAAGCAUACAAUGGCUUUGGCUAAAAAUAUUUCGGCGCAAGACCAGGAACGCUUCUUCUUGGAUAUUGCUGAAUUAAAUUGGGAUGAAUACUUCGAAAACACCAUAAUGGGAGUGCGUGAAUAUUUGAGUAAAGAAUCUCCCAAGACACUGCCAGCUGCCAGACGUAAAGAUAAAAUUUUACUAGGUAUCCAUGUAGUUGUACAAUUGGGCUUCUACUAUGGAUUAUGGAAAAUUUUUAUGGCCUUAUUUGGUAUAUCGAACGCGAAAGCAGCGCUCCUCUUACCGUUAGCCUAUACUUUAUUAAAUCUUAUUUGAUUUUUUUUCUCUAGU